AUGGUGUGUUAUCAUAUUACAGAAGCUUUGGAGGUUAUUUCAGCGUCAGUACAUGAAAAACUUGAAAUAGAGAUGACAGAGACACCGGAUGUGAUUUCAGAACCCACACCAGAACCUGAAGAGGAAAAAGGUGAGGCUGAUCUUGAUGAUUGGGAAGCUAUGGCAAGUGAUCAUGAACAAGAUAAAGAAAUGAAAACUGUUCACAUAGAAGUAAAAGAGGAGGCUGAAGAGGAGGAUGAGGAGGAAGAGGAGGAGGAAGAAGAGAGUGAUGAUGAUGAUGAUGAUGAUGAUGAUGGAGCAAGUGAGGAGAGCGAAGAUGAAGAGGAAAAGCAAGUUUUGACAGCAUCAUUGGAAGUGGAUAAGGAACCUGAAGUGGUAACAAGUGAAAAAGAAAAACAACUAUCAAAAGAGUUUAGCUCAGAUUCUGAACUGGAAUCUGAUUCAGAUGAUGGCCGAACAAAAGAAGAACGGAUUUAUGAUGAAGCAAAGCGACGUAUUGAGAAACGCAGAGCAGAUAACAUUAUGAAUAUAAAUACUGAAAAACUCCGAGCACCAGUUAUUUGUGUCCUUGGCCAUGUUGACACAGGGAAGACAAAAAUUUUGGAUAAGCUCCGCCAUACGCACGUGCAGGACAGUGAAGCAGGUGGUAUAACCCAGCAGAUUGGUGCAACCAAUGUCCCUCUAGAAACUAUCAAGGAGCAAACUAAGAUGGUAAAAAAUUUUGAGAGAGAUGAAAUUAAAAUACCGGGCAUGCUGAUCAUUGAUACACCAGGUCACGAGUCCUUCAGUAAUUUGAGAAAUAGAGGAAGUUCUCUCUGUGAUAUUGCCAUCCUUGUGGUUGAUAUUAUGCAUGGAUUGGAGCCACAGACAAUAGAAUCCAUUAACCUGCUAAAGGCAAAAAAAUGCCCCUUCAUUGUUGCACUUAAUAAGAUUGACAGGUUGUAUGACUGGAAAAAAAGUCCUGAUACCGAUGUAGUUGCCACGUUAAAGAAGCAAAAGAAGAACACAAAAGAUGAAUUUGACGAGAGAGCUAAAUCCACUAUUGUGGAAUUUGCACAACAGGGCCUGAAUGCUGCUCUAUUCUUUGAGAACAAAGACCCACGUACAUUUGUGUCAUUGGUUCCUACAUCAGCUCACACUGGUGAUGGCAUGGGAAAUCUUAUUGCAAUGCUGGUGGAACUAACCCAGACUAUGCUUGCUAAGAGACUAGCAUAUUCUAUGGAGCUGAGAGCUCAAGUUAUGGAGGUAAAAGCACUUCCUGGAAUGGGAACGACUAUUGAUGUGAUUCUAAUCAAUGGAAAUAUGAAGGAAGGAGAUACUAUUAUUGUUCCUGGAGUUGAAGGUCCUAUAGUUACACAGAUCAGAGGUCUUCUAUUACCACCACCUCUCAAAGAGCUGAGAGUAAAGAAUCAGUAUGAGAAACAAAAGGAAGUCUGGGCUGCACAAGGUGUGAAAAUUCUUGCCAAAGAUCUGGAGAAAUCUCUUGCAGGUCUACCACUACUAAUAGCCCACAAGGAUGAUGAAAUUGCAGUUCUAAAGGAUGAACUUGACCACGAACUAAAGCAGACAUUGAAUUCUAUUAAACUUGAGGAGAAGGGUGUCUAUGUACAAGCCUCUACAUUGGGCUCCUUGGAAGCUCUCUUAGAAUAUCUUCGGGCCUCAAGUGUGCCAUAUGCUGGAAUUAACAUUGGACCUGUGCAUAAGAAAGAUGUAAUGAAAGCUUCAGCGAUGCUCGAACACGAUCCUCAAUUUUCAGUUAUCCUUGCUUUUGAUGUGAAGGUUGAGCGAGAUUCCCAGGAGCUUGCUGAUACACUUGGGGUCAGGAUCUUCAGUGCAGAAAUUAUCUACCAUUUAUUUGAUGCUUUCACAAAAUACAGACAAGAUUACAAAAGACAAAAGCAAGAAGAAUUCAAGCAUGUAGCCGUUUUUCCUUCAAAACUGCGCAUUAUCCCUCAGUUCAUUUUCAAUUCUCGUGACCCAAUUGUAAUAGGAGUUUCUGUGGAAGCUGGCCUUCUGAAACAAGGCACCCCUGUGUGUGUUCCUUCAAAAAAUUUUAUUGAUAUUGGAAUUGUUACUAGUAUUGAAGUGAAUCAUAAACAAGUUGAUGUUGCUCGAAAAGGCCAAGAGGUCUGUAUUAAAAUAGAACCCAUUCCGGGAGAAUCGCCAAAAAUGUAUGGGCGGCACUUUGAAGCUACAGACUUCAUUGUCAGUAAGAUCAGCCGACAAUCCAUUGAUGCUUUGAAAGACUGGUUCAGAGAUGAGAUGCAAAAGUCUGAUUGGCAGCUUGUUAUGGAACUGAAGAAAAUAUUUGAAAUUAUCUAAAUAAUGCAGUUUAUUUUCAUUUAAAACUUCAGCAGUGGGAGGACUGAUUGUGAUUUAAGGUCUGUGCUUGAACAGGACCUAUUAUUAAGCCACGCUGGAAUGCUGAGAAUCAGAAUCCAGAGUAAAAAGUGGUUAUAGUUAGUAAACGUUUUCCAUGACAAACCAAAACUCUUGCACUGGUUUGACAGUGAUAAGUUUUACAUAUUCGUACAGUUCUCAAUGUGCCUGUUCUUUUUCUUCCUCUCCCUUAGUUCCCUAUACUGGCUGCUAUUUUUAAAUUUCCCUUCCAUUACACAGAACUUGUAAGCAGUGCUCCCUGAUUCUAAUUUUAAUUGUAUGAAAUAAUGAAUAAAGUAUUUGAAUCCUGUGUGCUAUAGUGCAGAAGCAGUGUACAGCCUUUUUGACAAAUAAUUUUGGGUAUAGAGAAGUUUUCUCUGUUCCAGGAGCUGCUUUUCUCAGCUACUUCAUGACGCAUACCCUGCUUUUGUGCCUAUGAAUUUUUAUAAAGAAUUAGGUAAUAGGAGAAUUCCACCUGCAUUGUGAGAAAAAUAACAAAGCAGCCUUGUAUUGCUUGUACAGUUGAUGGUUGUGACCCACACUGUAAACUUUCAAAGCUGAAAUCACAAAUAAAGCUGAAGAUGAUGAGAUUUACAUUCCUGAUAUCUUACCUUUUCAAAAUCAACUAUAAUUGAUAGGUAAAGUUAUAAAAUGGUGGCUAAUUCAUGUGCAGAAAUAAGCACAUUGUUUUUGUAUAUCACAAAAGAUAGCCAGAUUAGUUACAGCAGUUCAAAUAAUUUCAUUAUGUAUUAUGCAGGACUCUUGUCUGUUCAACUGAGGAUGAAUCAAAUGGAUACGAGGAAUUAAUUUGGAAUUAGAGACGUUAGCUGUGAUUAACUUUGCUUUAUGCAGUUUUCUUUCAUUGUUCUACCCUAAUGUUUCUGCUGUUCUAGUUUCCCAAUUGUUUUCUUUAUUUCCUACUUAAAAUGGCAUUGACAGAAAAAUAUUCUUCUAUUAAUUUAACCAAAAAUUUAGCAUUCUGUCUGCCUGAAAAACAAUGUUCCCAUUCAGUGGGAAGCCUACACCGUCUGUGACAAACAUCCUCUUCCAUGUCUGGAAAGCAAUCUUUCUGUUUUAGAAGCUUUAAAAGGGAUCAGUGAGAGUGAAGGAUUUUACCUCCAGUCUUGUUCUUCAGGUGGAUCUACUAUUAUUGUUCAAAUUCAGCCGCUAAAAAUUACUCUCCUUUCUUUCAUUUAUCAAUUCCUGAAUCUUUCUCUUGGAAUUUAUUUUCACUGCUUUUUCCAUUCUACCCAAUGCUAAUUCCUUCCGGUGCUUUGAAGUUAAUUGGUCAGUUUAGAGCUCUGUUUUGUAACAGGACUUCACUGUUAUAAGCCAGAUUUGUGUGAUAAUCAUAAGAGUAAAUAUUUUUAUCCUAUUUUCACCAGGCUCCUUAAUGUUCUUAACCAAUUUUAUGUACUUGUGAAGAUGUCAAUAAAUUAGGUUUCUUGAAUCAUGCCAGUAGGCAGCUAAUAGGUAACGUUCAUGUGCUUGUGCAAGGAAAUAGGAACAGGAGAAGACCAUAUGGCCUGUCAAGCCAAUAUGAUCAUGGCUUAUCUUGGCUUUGAACUCCUCUUAAUUCCUGCUCAAGAUGUGCCCUCUUUUUCUAGACUUUCCAGUCAAGGGAAAAAAUGUCUCGUAGGUCCCUGCCAAGCCCGUUCCUAACCUUGAACAUAUUAAUUAAAUUACUACUUAUCCCUCUAAACUUUAUGGUUCUUAUUUUCCAAUCAUGGGACAGAGAAAGACCUACUAUUUCAAGUCCAAUCUUUGAAGAGUCAUAUUGGACAUGAAAUGGUUACAUACUUUCUCUACAGAUGUUGCCCAGACUUGCUAACUUGCUUCAGCACUUUGUACAAAAUUUUACUGUCAUUAAAAACAGUGCUUUGCCAGAGAA